AUGUCUUUGGUGUGCAUGAAUCACCAUCAACAACAUCGCACAUUUGACAAUAGUACUACUAGUACAAUAUCAAAAAUGUCAGUACGACUGGCUUUGCCGAAAAAAGUACUUCAAAAAAGAUUCAACAGUUUUUCUUUCAUUCCAAACUCUGAUGUUUUUGCAUAUGAAGAAAAAAAGCUCUCAAGAGAAAUUGAUGAUUCUGUUGUGCCCAAAAUGCCAGAUGUCUCGCUGAUUCCAAAAUUGUACACGGACAUGGUGGACCCAAGAGACGUUGUCGAUCUCUUUAUCCGCCCAAAGUUUGAGGAUGUCGUUGUUACAGCCUUAGCAAAAGACUCUCCACUCUUCGGAGAUCCAACCUAUUCUUUGUUGUCGAGGUCUCAUGUUAAUGGUUCUAAAUUUUUAUUCGCCAGCUUAACAACUGAGUGGAUGGAUAUAUUCAGGUCCGGAAUCAAACAGCUCUCGGAGAUUACUCCAGAGAAGACCAUUUUAAGUUACAACAGCAAAUCUCGAGAAGCAACUAUUCAUGAACAGUUCGAUUCUCUGGUUUUACACGAUUAUACCAGUUUAAGUUCAUUCUACGAGAAACUUUUGGCAAAUGAUGACAUCACUUUGGAGAAUGUGACACAUUUUCUCCUCCAUCAUAUCCAGACUUUGCAGGAUUAUCAGCUUAUCAUGAAAUAUUUGAGCAACAAUAUUCAUGCAAUCAACACUUUCGCAUCGAAGGAUUUUGUCACAGUACUUUUAGAUGAUUUACUUCGAUCAAUAUCAGUGGAGAGAGUUGACGUCUUUUCGGAGCUAUUCACAAACUAUUUGCUUGCAUUCCAACCUAAUCUUCUAAAGGAAUUAUCGCCGACAACUCUCGAUCGUUUGGCUUAUGUAACGUCUGCCUCUUCUGAUUUAUCAACUGCAAUAGAAGCAAUGGCGACGUUGAUUAAAGUGCACGAGAAUGCUCCUCUGAAGCCCACAUUUGAGCUUUUUAUGUCCAGAUAUUGCAAACUUGCUUAUUCGCAAGACUACAGCAAGUCCCAAAUAUUAAAUGACUUAGGAAACUUGAAAUCAAUCUUUUUUCACAGGGGCUUGGAUACAAAUGCGUUUAAAUUGUUUCUUAAUGUUGCUGUGAAUAAUGUUCAUGAUUUGUCGCAUUUGCUUUCACUUGUUGAGGAAAAAUCCCCAGCUCUAUUAAAUGACCAUGCUCCUGCUAUCUUCGAACGCCUUCAAAGUAUUCACCAAGAAGAUCAUUCCUCAAAACUUAUAAAGGCCGUGCAAGUGACACAAUUAGCGAAAAUUAUGAUUAACAAUGGUGUGAAAGCAAACGAUACACUCAAGGACUUGCUUUCAAAAAUAUGUGCUGAUUUGGACAUUCCUAGAAUCCAUUUGUAA